AUGGUUUGUAUGCAGAGACUAGCAUCUGAUUUCCUUUCAAACUACAUAUUCUUAGCUGUUGGAAGAGUUGGUUCAAGUACUGAUUUGAUUGUUCAAAGAGUUGAAUUUGUUCAUGACUCUGACAAGAGAAGCCACCUCAUGGACCUUCUUCAUGCACAAAUGACUAACGGCAUUCAUGGCAAGCAAUCUCUGACUUUGGUAUUUGUGGAAACAAAGAAGGAAGCUGAUGCAUUGGAACAUUGGUUGUAUACUAGUGGGUUUCAUGCCACUACUAUUCAUGGAGAUAGGACACAGCAGGAAAAAGAGAACUCAGAAGAUAUACAAUGA